CACCCUUUCGAGUUGUGUUUUGGGGUUGACCUGCGACCACCUAGUACAUACAAAGUGCACGUCUGGAGUAGUUCGUCUAACCAACGAUUUUCUUCAGAACAAUCAGUUGACAGUAUCACCGAAAGAGAACAAGAAAAAUGGCAGCUUUCGUAGAGCCACAUUUCGAAGCCUGGCAGUCGGGUGGUGGUAACCUUACCGUUGUCGACAAAGUAGCACCGGAAAUCCUGCAUCUGGUGCACCCGCAUUGGAAUCAGUUCCCACCGAUGAACCCGCUAUGGCACUCGAUCCUCGGAUUUGCCAUUUUCGUACUGGGAAUGGUUUCCAUGCUCGGAAACGGUUGCGUGAUGUACAUCUUCACCAACACCAAAGCACUCCGCACCCCGUCCAAUUUACUGGUGGUCAAUUUGGCCUUCUCGGAUUUCUUCAUGAUGUUUACGAUGGGACCGCCGAUGGUUGUGAACUGCUACCAUGAGACCUGGUACUUCAGCGCAUUCGCCUGUGAGCUGUACGCUAUGUUUGGAUCACUAUUCGGCUGCACAUCGAUCUGGACUAUGACUAUGAUUGCGUUCGACCGAUACAAUGUCAUCGUGAAAGGAUUGUCGGCUAAGCCAAUGACCAACAACGGAGCUCUAUUGCGAAUUCUCGGAAUCUGGCUGUUCUCUCUGGUCUGGACUUUGGCUCCAAUGUUCGGAUGGAACCGAUAUGUCCCAGAAGGUAACAUGACCGCCUGCGGAACUGACUACUUGACCCGAGAUUGGCUCAGCCGCUCUUACAUUCUGGUCUAUGCCGUCUUCUGCUACUGGUUGCCUCUGUUCACCAUCAUCUACUCGUACUACUUCAUCCUGAAGGCCGUAUCCGCCCACGAGGCUCAGAUGCGAGAACAGGCAAAGAAGAUGAACGUCGCUUCCCUGCGAUCGUCCGAGGCCCAGCAGACCAGCGCUGAAAUCAAACUGGCCAAGGUUGCUCUGGUUACCAUCUCGCUGUGGUUCAUGGCAUGGACACCAUACCUGGUCAUCAACUUCACCGGUGUCCUUGGAACUGCUAAGCUCAGCCCACUGGCCACCAUCUGGGGAUCACUGUUCGCCAAGGCCAACGCCGUCUACAAUCCAAUCGUUUACGGUAUCAGCCACCCGAAAUACCGAGCAGCUCUGUACAAGACCUUCCCAUCGUUGUCCUGCCAGGAUGAUAACUCGUCUCACGCGAGUGCCGAUGGUCAGUCAACCGUUUCUGGAGCUACAAACGCCUCAGAAGAGAAAGCUUAAGCCAAGUUAGAAGAUAGAUCACGAUUGAUGUUAUUUAUGUUGGAUGAUUAUAUUUUGUUUACCAUGUUUAAUAUAAAACACCGUAGCAAGAUUUAUGCAAUUGAAAAA